AUGAUAAAAGACAAAAAAUUCAUUAUAGAAAACAUUAAUAAUAAGGUUAUAAGUAAAGAUAAUAUGACAAAGAAAGGGAAAAAAAUAUGUGAACUAAAGGAGUUUCAUAAUAUAAAUGACUUUAAUAACAGUGUCUUAAUAUCAAACAAUAAAUUUAUAUUAAGUGAUUUAAAAAAAAAUGAUAAUAUCAUACAAAAUAAUAAAAAUAUCCCGUCAAGUAAUUCAGCCGUAAAUUUUGUAAAGGAUAUAGGACAACAUGAUUUUAUAAACAUUAAUCAAGAUUAUACAAACAGUAAUGAUAACAAUAAUAAUAAACAUGACGAAUAUACAAAUAAUUAUAAUUAUCCUAAAAAUAUAGUAAAAAAUAAUAUGUUAGCUAGCCAAGAAACUAAUACAAAACACACACGUUGUAAUAUAAAACAUAUUAACGAUUUUGAAUCAAAUGAUAAAACAAAAAAUUCUACAACUAUUAUAGAAAAUAAUAAUCAUAAGAAUAUUAUAAAUAUAAACAAUGUAAACAAUAUAAACAGUAUAAACAAUAUAAACAGUAUAAACAAUAUAAACAGUAUAAACAAUAUAAACAAUAUAAACAAUAUAAACAAUAUAAACAAUGUAAACAAUAUAAACAAUGUAAACAAUAUAAACAAUGUAAACAGUAUAAACAAUAUAAACAAUGUAAACAAUUUAAAUAAAAAAGAUUAUAAUCAUAUAAAUGAAAACUUUGAAGAAAAUAUAAAUAGUCAUUCUAGAUUUAAAAAAAAAGGGACCUAUAUAAAAAAUUGCCAUGGGGAAAAUUAUAAUACACCAUUAAAUGAUAAUAGUAAUAAUAUUUCAAAAGAUGAUAUAAAAGAAAAAAAAAAUAAUAAUAUAAAUUCAACGCUUAAUUAUCAUAAUACAAAUACAGAAGAAAAUAUAACGAGUGAUGAUUGUAAUAUAAAAGAUGAUACAAGUUUAGAAAAAGAUAUGGAGGAAUAUAUAAAAAAAAAAAAUAUACAUAUGUCCAAUUCUAAUAUGAUUAUAAAUGAAUUAUAUAAUAAUUUAAUAUAUGAUGAAUAUUCAGAAAAUAUAUUAUCAAAAAAAGGAGUGAAGAAAAAGGAUCAUAUCGAAUAUUAUGAAGAAGAAAAUAUGCAUAUGAAAGAAAACCAAGAAUCAACAAACAUAUCUAUUGAUAUUCCUCCAUGUUGUCAAAUAAUAUAUGAUAAUGUUAAUGAUGCAACAGAUGAACAGUAUGAUAAUUCACAAAAUGAUACAUACAAUUGGUAUAUGCAAAAAACAAACAACAAUAAAUUAUUAUUAUAUCACAUAAAUAAAAAUUUAAUAUUUUUAAAAAGAAUACAACAAUAUUUUUAUCAAAAGUAUAUUAAUAUAAAAUUUUUAAAUGAUACUAAUGAUUAUUAUUAUAUUAUACAUCUUGAAUGGUUUAAUAAAUUAAAGAAAUUCAUUAACAAUGAAUCUAAUGAUUUCCCUGGUUCGAUUUCUAAUUGGGAAUUAUACGAAUAUAAACAUGAUGAGAUUUUCAAAAAUUAUAAUAUAUCAGAAACUAAUUAUGCUUUUUCUGAUGACAAAAAUAUGAAUGAUAAUAUAUAUUUAAAAAAACAAUGUUUAAAAAAAAAUUUAAAAGAAGGAAAAGAUUAUAUAUGUACAAAUAAAUACAUGUGGAGAUUUCUACAAUUUUUAUAUAAUGGAGGACCAUGUAUAAAAAGAAUAUCUAAUAAUAUAUAUAAUACAUUUAUACCAAUAUCUUCGAAUGAUAUAAUGAAUAAUAAUAUUAUGUAUUUAUUAGAAUCAAGAUAUAUAAAAAAUUUAUUUUCCUUAUUUAAUUAUAUAGACCAUACACAUAUAUAUAAUGAACCCAAAGAAAAUGAACAUACAUUAUAUAAAAAUCAAUAUUAUAAUCAUAAUUAUAUUAAUUAUAAUGAUUAUAAUAAUAAUGAUAAAUAUCCACAUGAUUACAUUUUAGAAGAAAACAAUGAAAAAAAAAUGUGUGCUCAUAAUUAUCAUGAACUUUUACAAUUUUAUAAUUUAAAACAACAAGAAAAAAAUAUCAUACUUUAUAUUGAAUAUGAUGAUAAACAUGUUAAUAAAGAAAUUCUAGAUAAAAUAAAAAAAAUAAAAAAUAAAAAUAGUAAUAAUAAACAAAAUAUCCUUUUUUCAAACGAUGAAAAUUUUUCUAGUGAUAGUAGUAAUAUGUAUAAUAUAAUUAAUGCUAAACAUAAUGAUAAGUUGAAUGCACAAAAAUUGUUUUUAUUGGAAAAUGAUAAAUUAUGUGCUAAUUCGCAUAUCAGCUCAAAUAUGAAUCAAACUGAGUAUAUUUCAUUGGAUAAUUUUGAUGGUGAUGCUCUUUUACAUAAUCCGCAUAAUUUGUCAAGGGGUUUUCCCAACAGUUAUAAAUUGGAUAUUAAUACUGAUAAUAAUGAAAAUGUGGAUAAUAAUGAAAAUGUGGAUAAUAAUGAAAAUGUGGAUAAUAAUGAAAAUGUGAAUAAUAAUGAAAAUGUGAAUAAUAAUGAAAAUGUAAAUAAUAAUGAAAAUGUAAAUAAUAAUGAAAAUGUGUAUAACAAUGAUAAUAUGUAUAACAAUGAUAAUAUGUAUAACAAUGAUAAUAUGUAUAAUAAUGAAAAUGUUGAUAAUAGUAAUAUGUUCAUAAAUUGUAAUAAAUCUCAACGAUCGAAUAUAAAAAAGAGUAACAGCACGAAUAGUACGAGAAGAAAUUAUAAUAAAAACAACAACAAUAAUAAUAACAAGAACAAUAAUAAUAAUAAUAACAACAACAACAAUAAUAAUAAUAAUAAUAAUAAUAAUAGAAAUAAUAACAACAACAAUAACAAUAACAACAAUAACAAUAACAACAAUAACAAUAAUAACAAUAAUAAUAAUAAUAAUAAUAAUAAUAAUAACAAUAACAAUAAUAAUAAUAAUAAUAAUAAUAAUAAUAAUAAUAAUAAGGAUGAUAACACAAGCGAUAACAAUAAUAAUAUAAAUAAAGAAGAAGAUAAGAAAAAUAAAACAACAAAUAAUAAAAAGAAGGAGAAUGAAAAAGAUGAUGAAAACAAUUGUAAGGGUAACUUGAAUGGAAGUGUAGAAAUAUAUGAAUUUAAAAGAGAGUUUGAAGAAAAUAAUAAUAUUAUAUAUAAUGAUUCAUAUAAUAAUAGAAAUAUAAAUAAUGUUAUUGAUGAUUAUAAAAAAAAUGAAGAAGAUAUAAAUAAAAUUAAUGAUAGAAAUAUAUAUCUUAGUCCAAAUAUAAGUGCCAACGAAAUGAAUAUAAAUAAUUUUAAUAAAUCAUAUAAUUCAAGUAGUAAUAAAAAAAAUUCUAUCCCUUGUAAUUCUUCCAAUGGUAAUGAUAUAUAUAAAUCGUGUGAAGAAUAUAAUAAUGAUAAUGAAAAAAUCUCAAGUAAUGGUUAUCUAACAACUACUGAAAGCCAGUCCAAAGGAACUACGGAUGGUAAUACAGAGAGGGGUUCUAUUUAUGAAUACGAAAAUGAUAAUAAUAAUAAUAAUAAUAAGAAGAAGAAGAAUAAAAAUGAAUAUAAUAACAAUAGGAAUGAAAAGAAAAUAUAUUAUGAUAGUAUCGAAAAUUUAGAUGAUGUAGUAAAAAAGAGGAAACAUAUAAAAAACGCACAAAAUAAUACAACGAAUAAUAGAGUAUGUUCAUCGAAUUGUGGUGAACAACAGGUCACAGAAAAAAUAAAUAAUAUUUUAGAUAACACACACUUGAAUAAUAUACAAAAUAAAAAUCAUAAUCUUAAAAAUAAUAAUAGUAUUAUUCAAAACGGAUGUAGUAUAAAAGGAAAUGAACAAAAUGUUAAGAAUACAAAUAAUAUAAAUGAAGAAGACAACAUUACCAAUUUGGAAAAUCAUAAAAAAGAUCAAAAGAAAAAAAAUCAUAUAAUGAAAAAAAAAUUAGAUGAUAUUGAUGUAAAACAAGGUGAUUUGGAAUCAAAUAAUCACGAAAAUAAAAAUAAAAAUGAUGUGGAAUAUAACAUGGAAAUGGAUGAAACAAACAAUAAUAGUAUGGAUCCACAACAAGGAUGUAACCUCAUUUCUGUCUUUAAUAAACAAAAGAACCAUAAAAAUAAUAUAUCUAAUAAUAAUAAGAGAGAUGAUGACGAUGAUGAUCAGAGUGUUUAUUCUAGUAACAUCACAAAUACAAGCAGUAGCAGCUUACAUAAUAGUUGUAGUAGUAGUAGUAGCAGUGGUGGAAAUAAUAGUUUAUAUAACGAAAAUGAUAUUUCUAAAUAUAACUUUUUUAAUAAUAAUGAUAAUGAUAAUUUAAAAAACUUGUUAGUACCAAAUAAUAACAGUAAUAAUAAUAAUAAUAAUAAUAAUAUUAUGAAUAGUAAUAAUAAUAAUUUUAAAAGAGAUAAUGAAUCAUCCAUAAAUUAUCAUACUUCUAUUAUGACAAAAGAACAACCUGCUGGUAUUAUUAAUUACUCUACUACAUGUUAUAUCAAUGUAGUUAUGCAGUGUUUAUCAGUUUUUUUCAAACUAAUAUAUACAUUACAUAAUUAUGUAACUGUAAAAUAUAAAAAUGUUAAUAUGUCAAGUGAUGAAAAUGAAAAUAUGAAUUCAUCUUUUAUAAAUAAAAAUUUCUUUACCAAUAGUAUACCUUUCAAUAUUUUUGGAAGUAAUAAUAACAAUAAUAAAAAAAAGGAUGAAUGUCUAUUAUUAACAUUUUCUUUUAAAUUAUUUCAAUUAAGUAAAAUGCAUAAUAAAGGUAAAGUAUUGUGUGUUAAUAAAUUAUUAAAUCUUUUAAAUGAUAAAUAUUCUUACUUAUUUGAAUAUAACGAACAACAAGAUUGUCAUGAAUUUCUUCUUCUUGUAUUUGACUUUAUACACAAUAUGGUGAAAGUAAUUGAUGAGUCAGUAGAUAAAAAUAAUCAAAUAGAUUAUUAUUUAAAAAAAGAACAAUCUAUUAUAUCAGAUUUAUUCUUAGGUUUAAUAGAAGAAAAAAUUACAUGUUCACAAUGUGAAUAUGUUAAUUAUAUAUAUCAACCAGUUUAUAACUUAAGUGUAAAUGUUUUUAAAAAAAAUCCAGAAAAUAACAUAAAUGAUAAUUUAAUAGAAUAUUUUAAAAAAGAAGAAGUCAAUUCUACUUGUGAAAAAUGUAAAUGUAAGAAAAUGUUUAAAUAUUCAUGUGUUUACAAACAACCAAAUAUUCUAAUUAUACAUUUAAUUAGAUUACAAGAAGAUGGAUCAAAAAUUGACAAGCCAAUAAAAUUUGAUAUGGCUGAUUUUACUAUUGAAAAUGUUCUCAAAAAAAAAGAUAAUCAAUUCAUUGAACCAAUCAAAAAAUAUAAUCUAUGUGGAGUAAUAGUACACCGAGGGUUGAAUUCGAAUUGUGGUCAUUACAUUUGUUAUACGAAAAGGAAACAUUCAAAUGGUGUCAACGUGUGGUACAAAUUUGAUGAUAGCACGGUAACCUCUGUUGAUGUUGAAGAAGUUGAAUCGGCUAAAGCUUAUUGCCUUUUUUAUCAGAGUCAAUAA